AUGGUGCGGAAUGAUGUUGCGGUCGAUGAUAUUACGCUCGCGACUAUUUUGUCUGGGCACGGGCAGGCGGGGUUGGAGCAUGGGAGAGUAAUUCAUGCUUUUCUGCUGAAAAAUGGGUUUUUGUUGGCUGGUAAGAUAGGAAACGCAGUUAUGAAUAGUUAUGCUCGAAGAGGUGAUGUGGUUGCGGCGUUUCGAUUGUUUAGCCGGAUGAAAGUUAGAGAUGCAGCGUCGCACACUAUUUUGAUCAAUGGGUACUUAAAGUUGGGAUUAUUCGAUAAUGCGCGUGCUAUAUUUGAUGAAAUGCAUUCGAGAGAUCUUGUUGCAUGGAAUUCGGUCAUCAAUGGGUAUGUCAAGGCCUCGCGGAUAAAAGAGGCUUUAGAACUCUUUAAGCAAAUGGAAGAUGAGAUGGUUAAACCCGACGAGGUCACGAUGAAUAGCUUGAUGUCGGCAUGCGCUCAGUUGACGGAUUUACAGCUUGGCCGGUCCAUUCAUCGGUUCAUUCGGCAACAGGGCAUAAAAGAAGACUUGUUCUUGGGUACGGCUCUUAUUCACAUGUAUGCCAAAUGUGGUAGUUUGAUGGACGCAGCAUUAACAUUCUCCAAGAUGGAAAUCAAAGAUGUGUAUACAUGGACUGCUCUAAUUUCCGGGUUUUCGGUAAAUGCUCACGGACACGAGGCUUUGAGGCUUUUUACCCAAAUGAGAAAGGAAGGUGUAGAACCUAAUGACGCUACCUUUGUUGCUGUUCUAAUGGCCUGUAGCCAUGCGGGUCUUGUUGGCGAAGGCCGCUAUUGGUUCGAUCAAAUGGUUAGGGCUUAUAAGAUUCAGCCGAAGAUUGAGCACUUGGGUUGUAUGGUUGAUCUUCUAAGUAGAGCCGGUUUGUUAUAUGAGGCAGUGGAGAUAAUAAAGGAAAUACCAAUUCAAGAUAGAGUUAUACCUUAUAAGACUUUGCUUGGGGCUUGCAUUAGCUAUGGUGAUAUUGACCUUGGGGAGAAAGUGGCGAAGGAGUUGAUCAAGAUGGACACUAAGAGCCAUGGAGUUUUUGUUUUGUUAUCAAAUUUCCAUGCUUUUGCUAAAAGAUGGGAUGAUGUUGAAGAUAUGAGAAACAUUUUACGGAGAUCGGACAUUAAAAAAGAAGCUGGAAUAAGUAAUGUUGAAGCUGUUGGUUGA